AUGGAGAGUGCACAGCAAGUCAAGGCAGAAAAUGUCGCUGAGAUGCUGGGAGAGGACGAGGGCCUCUACGCCAAGCAGGGCGAGAACAACGAGCCGCUCAGGCCGGACGGAGGAGCAUUCGUGCCGAAGUGCGUGGGGGAUGCAAUCCUCAAGGUGGAUUGGAUCGAGCUCCGGUAUGGUGCCCUCGUUGAGGUGCGCCUGCGGUACGGCCCAGAGUUGCAGGAUGUGGCCCCUCACUACGCCAAGCAGUUUGAGCAGGCCAAGAAAGAUGCGCACAAGAAAGGGCGCAAAGGUGGCGCAAUGUGCUCCAUCCUUGUGCAAGUCUUCCCGCCCAGCUACAGGCCGGAUGCUGAUGCAGAAGAGGGUGGCACCAUCGUCGACGAGAGUAUCCCCAAGGAUAUGGAGAUCGAGUAA